UGAUGUUACUCAGGUAAAUGUUGUCACACGCUCUGAGACUCAGCUAAAGCUGGAGUGGACCAAAGUCAACAACAACAAUAAUUAUACUUACAUACUGAGAGUCAGCAAUGGAGCAGAGACCAGAAUCACUGGAUCAGAUGCAGGGACCACAGUGAAACACACAGUCUCAUCCCUCUCUACUGGGACAAAAUACUCUUUCACUCUCUUCACUCUGUUUGAGGGAGUGAGAAGCACAGGAUUUCAGUUUUCAGAAGUUACGGUUCCCCUUGAUGUUACUCAGGUAAAUGUGAUCACCCGCUCUGAGACUCAGCUGGAGCUGGAGUGGACCAAAGUCAACAACAACAGGAACUACAAUUACAUACUGAGAGACAGCAAUGGUGCAAAGACCAGCAUCACUGGAUCAGAUGCAGGGACCACAAUGAAACACACAGUCUCGCCUCUCUGUGCUGGGAUAAAAUACUCUUUCACUCUCUUCACUGUGUUUGAGGGAGUGAGCAGCACAGGAUAUAAAUUCUCAGUUGUUACAAAAAUCAACUGUGCUGCCUCACGGUGGAACGUCAGCAACUCCACCAUUGAGGCAGAGGUUUUAGGGCUGUUCUCCAUGGCAACAGCUCAUAAUGGGAGUGAUGGUGAUGUGACUGGCACUGUGAGGAGAAAUAAAGUGUCCUUCUCUAACCUUUACCCUGGGGCUACUUACAAUGUGUCGCUCUAUUAUCAGUUAGAUGAAGAACAACUUUUACAAUGUUCACACAGUGUAACAUUAGUUCCAGCAACAGUGACCAGUUUGUCCUGUGAAAGCAGAAACCAUUCUGUGUUUUUGAAGUGGGAGGAACCAUUUGGUCUCUGGACUGAAGCAGAGGUGAAUGUGAUGGGUAUAGGGUCUCAUUUAGUAAGGAGAACAGAUGUUAAGAUAGCUGGACUUGAGCCUUCUCGGACCUACAAUAUCAGUGUCACAUCACUCUCUGGAGCUGUGAGGGGUCCAAAUCAGUGGACCAGCUGUCAAACAACAAGUUCAAUGGUGGUCUUGGUACCAGAGGUUGUCAUCAUGCUGCUGGGUCUCCUGACUUCAAUGGGAUAUGUUUAACAAAUAGCCAUCAAAUUGGUUUGUGAGACACUACACAAACAUUUACUGCAAGUUUUUUUGCAAAAAAUCCAAUACUACAACAGCAUUCUGUAUUACCAUAAACUAUCCACUGCAAACAACACUGUUUUUUUUUUUCAAUUUUUCUUUACACUGUUUGUGGGGCUGUAAUGUGUUACCCUGCAGUCCCUCUUUCAAACAGUGUAAAAAAGUACUGUAUGACUAGAAGUUGUAAGCAUAUUGAAAUUAUCAUCAUUUUUUAUUACGGUAAUAUUAAUAGUCUUCAUUUCAAAUUAAAAGUACUGUAUAUAAAAGUGAACCAUCUCUGUCUGUCCGUGUGUCUAUUCUUCAUUCUUCAUAUUCUUCACACUUACAUCAUAAGUCAGAUUUAUAGUACAAAUUAUUCUGAUUUUAAAUGUGUAGUGGCAGUGGAGAAAUUGUGGUGACAUUUCCCUUAAGCAUUUACAGGUUAAAUGUUCUGGGAUGUGAACCCCAGAAAAUUUAUUUAACAGCACCCGAGCGGGGAUUUGCUGAGAUACCACAACUUGUGAUGACCUGGAAUGCCUUUCGUCCAAUCAGAAAUUAAUAAAUAGUUUGCUGUAUAAGCAAUACAGUGGGCAAUACAGUCGGUUUCUAUUUGUUUUUGUACAUAACCUACUGUAAAUAAAACAUAAAUAUGGA